AUGUCUGCCACGGCGGCGUACCGGCAGUUUCUCGCCUCCCCCAACUCGGCGCUGCUUGCCGCGAACGCGACUCUCCAUUACAUCACCACCACUUCGACUUUCAACGGCCCUACCGACAUCAUCAAGCACCUCAGCACCCAGCGGAACCAGCUGAAGAAGCACCAGGAGGACAUACUCGACGUGGUGGAGGGUCGUGAUGCGCUAGCAGCCGAGAUUGAGACAGCCCUUGAAUUCGUGACGAGCGGUGGUGCCUACCUGCCUGGUCUCGACGACAACUUCCUGGCUGACCAGAAGGUCUACUUCACUAUUGGCUCGUUCCUGAGGCAGCUCGAAAUCAUUGGCAAGUCCGGACGCAACUGGCCUAUUCGCGAUGGCAAGAAACAAACCAAGUUGAUCACGACUGCCCUCAAGGCCUCCGGCAGAAUCGCGAGCGCACCCGACACGAACGAAAUCACGAUUCCAGGCGCUGACGAGACCAACGGCCAGCCCGCCGGGUCGCCAUACGCAGGCCCCCGCCCUCACAAGAGGUCAUUCACUGACAUCCUGACGGAUGCGCCUGUGGAAGACCCUAGCUCACCCAGCACCGGGGGCGAGCGAGCGCCCAAGAUUGGCGCCGGCAAAAACUUCCAGCCCCAGCGACUUUUCGACGCUGACCCCAAUGCGCCACUGGAGCCCGAAUCGCCCGAGGCCACCAUGAGCCCCAGCAAGGCCUACCGUCCUCAUCCCACCAAGUACGACCACUUCGAUUUCGCCGAUGGCUCUGAUCCUCAGGAUGCUGCCGCCGCGGUUGCUGCUCGCGAUGCGCACAAGCCCAAGCCUGCCAAGAACGGCGCAAAUUGGUCCUUCGAAGACUUCACCACCCCCCACAAGCCCCAGCCCUCAAAGGCGUUCCGCCACCAGGAUGUCCGCCACUGGGACGCGGACAAGGACUCUGGUAUUCAGGAGACCCCUGUGCACCACGCACCACCCAAGCCUCGCCGCGAUGCCGAGGCCCAUUUCGAAUACCUUGACGAUGGGCUUCCCCAGCCUGGAAGUCGCGUCUCUAGCCGGCCUCGCGGUGCAGGCCAGAACGAAGGCUCCCAUCUGUAUGAGAACAACCUGUACAAUGAAGACGGAUCAGCACCUACACCUGCUCCCAACCGAGCGCUGGGCAACAUCACGAACCUGUCGGACCGCCACAAGGACUUUGACCCUCACUUCGCCAUUGAGGACAAGUCUCCUGCUCCUAGCAAGGUGCACAAGCCUGCCGAGGAGGCCAAGAAGGAGAACGCGGGAGGCAUUCACAUUGCCGGCGACGGCAUGGGUGGCCGCAAGGGCACCAACCGAGACUGGCUCUAUGGCGAAGAUUCGGAACCGACGCCAAAGGCCAACAAUGGCAAGAAGCAGGGCACGUCGGGAGCGCAGAAGAACUCAAGCUUCAACUGGGACUUUUAA